GAGACAGACACGUGCGCCCAACACACACACUCUCUCUCUCUCUCUCUCUUGCUGUCUCUGUGACACACUCCAUAUGUCUGUCAUUGAUCUUCUCACUUGCAACUUUCAAGUUUCACUCUUCGCUUUGCUUUCCACAUACAACUCUCUCUCUCUCUCUCCCUCCCAAGCACUGCGCAGUCAUUUUCUCUCUCUGCGGAAAACCCAAAGAAGAAAAGUUCCCAUUGUUUUUGCCCGUGUGACUGUGAGCGAGAGUACCCACAGCAACACUCCAAAUGUGCCGUCCAUGGUCGGCUUCUCCCAUUAUUCCUUCUCUCUUUCUAUCUUCUCCUCCUUUUCUUUGCAUCCAUAGUCCAUAGAAACUGAACACCCGUUAUUAUGGGCUGUGUUCAGGCCAAGUCAUUGGAUUUGGAAGAAAGUCCCGAAUACAGGACCCUAGACAGAUUGAAGUUGGAUAAUGGCUAUGUCCCAAGUACCGACUUUGUUGCUCAUAGAAGAUCCACCGGUCAAAGACAUCAUGAACCUAAUAAGGAGUAUGAAAGACUGCAUCAGCAUCAGAGAAGAGAACAACCCAGAAAGCAAACUAAUAAACUUAUUGAGUCUGGUGUUGCCAAUGGUGAAGGGCUUCAUCUUAAUAAGGGCAAGGUGGUUGGUAGAGAGGGGAGGAGAGUCACACGUCGUGAUGAUAAGAAGUUGGAAAACAAGUGUUGCUUUGAGGAUGAGAUGGUUGAUGGCUGGCCAAAGUGGUUGGUUGAUAAUGUUCCUACACAAGUGUUGGCUGGCUUGGUUCCCAGGAGUGCUGAAUCCUACAAAAUGAUUGAUAAGGUAGGACAAGGAACCUACAGCAAUGUUUAUAAAGCUCUGGAUCGAGAAACAGGAGAAAUUGUGGCCCUGAAGAAGGUUAAAUUCAAUACAUCAGAGCCUGAAAGCAUUAAGUUUAUGGCAAGAGAAAUUAUGAUACUACAGAGACUGGAUCACCCCAAUGUAUUAAAACUCAAAGGAUUAGCCACUUCAAGAAUGCAGUACAGUAUAUACCUUGUUUUUGAGUUCAUGCAAACAGAUUUGGCAAGAGUUAUUGCUCGUCCUGAAGAGAGACUAACCGAACCACAGGUCAAGUGCUAUAUGCAUCAAUUGCUUUCAGGUCUCCAGCACUGCCAUGAAAGGGGAAUUCUGCAUCGAGACAUAAAGGGGUCAAACCUUUUAAUUGAUAAAAAUGGGAUGCUUAAGAUUGCAGAUUUUGGUCUUGCCAAUUUUUAUGGUCCAGAUCGUCACCGGCCUCUCACAAGCCGGGUUGUGACACUAUGGUACAGAGCUCCUGAGUUAUUGUUAGGUGACACAGAUUAUGGAGUUGGUGUUGAUCUAUGGAGUGCUGGAUGUCUCCUGGCAGAAAUGUUUACAGGAAUUCCAAUCAUGCCUGGCAGAAAUGAGGUUGAGCAGCUUCAUAAAAUUUUCCGGCUAUGUGGCACACCAUCAGAGGAGUAUUGGAGAAAAUUGAAACUUUCUACAACUUUUAGACCUCCAAAAUCUUAUAGACCUAGCCUUGUAGAAACCUUCAAGGAUCUCCCUCCAUCUUCUUUAGGUCUUUUAUGCACUUUGCUUGCUUUGGAUCCUGCAUUCCGUGGCAGUGCAUCUAAAGCUCUUAAAAAUCAGUUUUUCAUUACUAGCCCAUUGGCAUGUGACCUCUCUGGUCUGCCUGUUAUCGUCAGAGAGGAUGAUGAGCUUGUUCAAGCCAAUGAACAGAUCAAGUACAUGAACUCUAAAAUCAGGCGUUCUCGUACAUAUCUGGAGCGUCGUAAGAAUUCAACAUCUAAGAGACCAAUAGAACAUACUGUAUCUUCCAAACAGGAAUUGAUAAGGAAUGCGAAACCUGAAACUUUUGUUCCAAUUGAAGACACGGAUAGCACUAGUACCUCAUCUAGUGUAAACCCAGGAGGGGCUAAGGACCAAUCACCUUUUUUUCUAUCUCCAUUUGGAGCUUUAGAUCAAAAGCUAUCUCCAAAAACCCAUCACCAUGUUAAUGGUGGUGAAAAAAACAUCAAGAACCUUCCUCCAUUACCCAAGUCAAAACCAAAUGCUACCAAGAAAGAUGAUAUCAAAUACAGACCAGACCACUUUUUCAGGUCAGCUUCCACCAGAGAAUUUAGAUACUUAAAAAGGGAGGAACGUUUACUCUUGGAAAUUGAUGAUUAGGCUAAUACGAGAAUAUGUAAAGGCCAAUAUGGUUGUUUUUUAUUUUAGUAUUUGAUGUAUUCUGAAAAGCUCUACACAUUCUUUGCACUCUUGGUGUGGUCUGAUUUGUCAACCCAUUCUCCUAACAUCUUGAUUCUUCUGUUCAAUAAGCAUCAGCUCAAGUUGCAUGCUUGUCCAAAUCUAUUUGAUUAGAUUGUAAAUGAGCUUUACGAUAAAAUUAUACAUUCAUUUCGUACGCA